AUGCUGUUGAGCAAUCAAGUUGAUGGGGACAGCGAAAAGUUCGUAGGCGUCCUUGGACAAGUGGACUGUUCACUGGGCGAAGUGCUGUCACGUGGCGGUGCGAUUGAAGUACCACUGUCAUCCGCAAAUAAAGGUGAAACAGUUUACGUUGAGGUUGAUGGGGACAGCGAGAAGUUCGUAGGCGUCCUUGGACAAGUGGACUGUUCACUGGGCGAAGUGCUGUCACGUGGCGGUGCGAUUGAAGUACCACUGUCAUCCGCAAAUAAAGCAGGUUUCCGGUCGAUUUUACGCCUGGAGGCGCAUGAGGCCAAAUUAUCCAGUCAGGCGGUUCGUUUGCAGUUCAGAGGCCACAGUUUGCCGGUACCAGCCAGUGGUUGCCCUUUGAAUGCAUAUUUCAUGAUGUUUUUGAUCCCGGAAGGCGCGGCACGAUUAUUGCUUGACGAAUUGCUGGGCAAAUGCACCACUUCAUUCGAUCAGCUGUUGCGAGGAGUUGGCGCCUUGAAUGCCUACAAAUUAUCGAGCUUCGAAGGCAAAAAGAAAGGGAAUGCUUCAAUUGAACUGGUGAACGUCCUUCAGGUGGCCUCAUCUUCAUUUGUCAAUUACGUUAAAACCGGGACGCAAAUCCAUUUCGCAGUAGCUGUUGAUUUUACAGCUUCAAACGGGAAUCCGCUGGAGCCAUCCUCGCUGCACUAUAUUCAUCCACAUAGAUUCAAUCCGUACAUGACAGCUCUGAAUGCAGUUUCCUCUGUAAUACAGAAGUAUAAUAGACAUGGGCGAAUCGCAGCGUUGGGUUUUGGAGCACAGACGCCUCCGGACUACCGAGUUUCACAUCUCUUUUUCUUGAAUGGCGAUCAGCGGGAUCCGCAUGUCAGCGGUAUUGAUGGCCUUUUGGACGCCUAUCGCUCCGCUUUGUUAACUGUUCGACCGUAUGCUCCAACGGAUUAUUCCGAGAAUGGCGAUCAGCGGGAUCCGCAUGUCAGCGGUAUUGAUGGCGUUUUGGACGCCUAUCGCUCCGCUUUGUUGACCGUUCGACCGUAUGCUCCAACGGAUUAUUCCGAGGUGAUAUACCACACAUAUAAGUUUGGCGCAGCAGUCCAGCGCCAAGGAAGCUGUGACCACUACUUUGUACUGCUAAUUGUGACAGAUGGCUGUGUAACAAAUGCGGCACGAACAGUGAAUGCGAUCGUGGAUUGUUCGGAACUGCCCAUAUCACUGGUCAUUGUUGGUGUUGGCGAUCGCGAUUUCUCACCGAUGCAAAGUCUUCUUUCGCCAAUGCUCAAAUCUUCGGAAGGCCGCUUGUUACGGCGCGAGAUUGUUACUUUUGUCCCGUACACUGCUUCCAUGACCGAUAAUGAGCUUGUUGCUAAAUUGCUAAUAAAUGUACCUCGCCAGUUUCUAUCCUGGGCCAUGAUGCACGGCAGAUUUGCCCCUUCAAAGUAG